UAUAUCGUGAUAAGAGGCCCGAUGUUAUCAGCCUGCUUCUCCGGCUCUCCGAUUCUCCGGUUAUGGGUCUCUGGUCCGUAUCGUUCGUCUGUGCUCCAUAUGUGUGUGCUAGCGCCCAUUAUCUAAACGGUUUUUGGGGUUUGGUGAAUGAUGAAUGCCAGCGGCUAGACGGAGUGCACACAAAAAUUCCAAGCGCCCAGCGAACGGAUACGGAUCAACUCCUACAGUUAGCCAUCCAGUCAGUCGUCCAUCUAGCCCACGUCCAGCAGAGAAUACAAAUACAUAGCUGCACAUCUGUAUAGCCAGCUAGAUGGCAACCUCAGCGAUCGGCGGGGUGGGUGUGGGUGUGGGCGUGGGCAUGGGCGUGGCUGCCUCCAAUCCAGUGCGACGACCCACCGCCAGAGCCACCGCCGGAAUCCAAAGACGCAGGGUGGUCAAGAAGCACAUCCAGCAGAAGUACAUGCUCUGCGGCUUCGCCAUACACGCUUUUCUGGCCACUCCCGCCUAUCUGUACGGGAAUGUGGUGGAGUCCGACAAGGAUCUGGUGAUAAGGAUCUGGCCGGCUAUCGUUUACCAGGCCACCGGAGAGAUCUGCCGCUCGAUAAUGGAGCACUUGGACACAGAGUACAGUGGCAGAUCGAGGGAGACGACGCAGUACCGAAGGGUCUUCCUCCUGGCCACGCUCAUCGCCUGCGUCUCGCUGAUGGUCAGUGGGAUCCUGUUCUCCUCCGCCUGGAUCGUGGUCACCACCACCACGCAGGUGGUGGCCAUUGUCUUCUACGGAUGCUUUGCAGGUAUCGGCUCCAGCUUGUACCUGUGGAAAACGCACGUCAUCCUGGAGGCAGUGCGUCCGCGGGAGGACAAGUACGUCCGCAAAACGAUCCACCUGUGCGGCGAAGCCUUCUGCCAGCUGUUCCUCUCGUUUGUGUUCACCAGCCUGCGCACCCUCUACGGCACCGCCCAGUCCAUCGUGCUGAUGUCCGCCCUGCUGGUGAACCUCAUCCCGCUGAGCCUGAUCAUCACCAAGCACCGCGAGGAUGCCUUCACCACGAAGCGGAUAUCGGUGAUCAAGGCGGAGACUGGUUUCGCUGCACUGCCGCUGCGAGCCGCACUGGCGGCCAACUUGGUGGCGGACCAGCUGGACGGAUUGGACACGCUCUCCUGGCGCAAUCCGGCCACCACUGAAAUGGCCACACCCAGUAGUGCUGUCGCCGCCGCCGUGGUGGUGGACACCCACAGCAACUACAUGCUGGCCACCGACGAGGCGUACGUGACGUAUGUGAAUCCCAACGGGGUCGAGAUCAUGGAGAUCAUACCCGAGGAGGACGAGACGGUGUCCAUGAUGCGGUCGAGCAAUGCGACCAUCGACAACUACGCCAUGUCCGCCUCGCAGACGUCGCACAAAUCACUGUCCAAUGGACUUCUCUAUCCACUGACGCCACAGCAUCCGUUGGCCACGGGUACAGGAACCGGAACAGGUAGCUCCUCACCUCUACCUACCGACUAUGCCAACCUGCGCCGCAUCCGUCGAAUGUCCCGGGCGGUGACCACGCACCUGUGGUGGAACCUGCUGGACAAGAUCGCCAUGCCGCUGCAGCAGGCGCUGCUGGUGCCGCAGCUGUACGCCACCACACUGCUCCUCUCAGCGGACAUCUUCAGCUACGUGAUGUGCCUGACGGUGCUACCGGGCCUAGCUGUGAGUCACCAUGCGCUAAAAAACGCCGAGAUCCCUUUCCUCUUCUCCCUGCUGGCCUUCCCUUGGAUGUGCUUCUCCCUGAUGACUCCCCGCUUCGGGACGAGCCUCUACAAGCGGAAGCUCCAGUGGCACACGCUGGGCAGCAUCUGCAAGUGCCUGGCGCUGAUCUUCAUCAGCUUCUCCACCUCCAAGCUGCUGCUCAGUGUGUCCGCCGUGCUGCUGGGAUUCGGCCAGGUGGUGACCGCCUUUCUGCAGGAGCUGGUCUUCCAGAUGGGCAUGACGCGAGCCAACUGGACGGCCAUACGCCGGCCGGUGCACUUCACCAACGGCCUGCUGGUGCUCCUCUGGGGCGCUUUGGCCCACUGGGUGGUGGAGCUGUACUCCUUCCAGGCCACCGUAGGACUGGCCGGCGCCCUCUACGGAGCAACCACGCUGGUCUGGAACUUCAUCUUCUUCUGCUGCCAGGGCAAGGAUUGA